UUUUAGCCUAUGUUCUGUCUCAUGCCUCAUGGAUUACAGCCUAUCAGAUUACAAAUACCACCUUUUUAUUUCCAGUUGCUGAAUCAAUCGAUGAACUGUCUGAAGUAGAAUCUAUUCCACUAUCAAAAUCUGAAGAACGCUUGAAUUUUCUUUCAAGAAUGAAUAGUCAAGAGGCGAUUAAUCCUUCAACAUCACGAUCAUCGAUAUAUAAUCAAAAGUUGCUUGGCCUUUUCUCAACUGCUGACGAUACAUCUACAACAACAAAUCGACGAUGUGUACAAUUCAUGAAAAAAUCAAAUAUGCCUAAACAAAAUGAAAAGUAA